AUUUGCGCUGUCUAUUAUACUUGAAGAGCAUGUCAUGUAUUCUGUUUUUAUUUUGAAUAUUUGAGACGUGUUGAUCAAUUGUUUAAAAUAUUAUCGUUUGUUCAUUGUGUUUUUGUAUCUUGAAUAAACAUGAACGAAAGCAAGGAAGUAUGCAGGAAAGAUGUCCCUUCCAUUCUGUCCUGAAAAGCUAGAAAUGUGGAAUUCCCCUGAGCAUGAUGUGAGGUUGGUUUCAGGGGUUCGUGAGAAUGGUUUAGAGGUUCACACUGACAUUAGGAAAGAUUCUCUGACUAAAAAUCUUCUACCAGUCGCACCUAAAUCACCUGAUUCUUUCACUUCUACUGGAACAGUUCCUCCCUUUUUGCUAACUCCCUUGCCUCUUAUUACGGAUAGCAAACUGCAUCUGCUAUGGCCCCAGCCUCAGGAAAUCCUGCAAACGGAAGGAGCGCCUUUCAGGACCAGGGGGACCCCUCUCCCUGUUGUCUUGGAUGCUGGAGCAGACACAACUCUUCAUGCAUCUCUUGACAUCUGGGAUGUUCAUCAGGAGAACUUUGCGUCGAACGGUGUGGGGUGUGUCGUGGAAGAUGUCGUCUGUCCAGAAGCUACCGAGAGUGGUAUAAUAUUCUGCCAUCUUUCACCAGGGUCCCAUGCCAGAUUUGAAAGCUAUAAGUUGAUCAUUAAAGAUAAGCGGAUCCGUAUUCUCUCUCCCGAUGUCAUCGGACUGCACUAUGCCCUCUGUACUCUAGGGCAGCUGUUUUCCCUGUAUAAUGAAGAUGGAGAAAUCUGUGUGCCUGCACUCUAUAUACAUGAUUGGCCUCAGUUGCAGCACCGGGCCGUUCUCCUUGACUUCUCUCCUGCUGCUAGGAAGCCUGACUUGGAAACAUUAAAGGGCUACAUAAAGGUCAUGUCUUUAUUGAAAUUAAGGCAACUUCACUGUUGUUACAAUCUGGAGAGUGGCUUUCCUUUCUCAAAUCGGGCUCUGCUUGAUUUGGCGAGGCAUUGUCGGCGACACUUUGUGGAUAUCAUACCGGUUGUAGAGUCGGAUAAAGAAGUUACAGCUGAAGACGUUGGUCAAUCUUUGCAUUGCCUUGUGAAAAUGUUUUCGACAAAAAAAGUUCAGGUUGGACCCAAUCUUUCCAAGAAGGUUCUUGCCUCAAAAGAAAUGAUGUCGCAUUUACCAAUGUUGCUGUCUAAUUGCAAGAUCUUCCUCUUUUUCGACCCAGCUGCUGAAUCACUUUCCAUGCUGCCUCUGAGUUAUGCCUUUGUGGAAGAUACAUCUCGGGUUGAGCAAGAUUUUGAUUCUGGUGCAAAAGAUCUCAUGUUGGCUGGGUGAGUUGUUUAUG